AGUUGUACUAAGUGGUUAGCAUUAACGAGGACUGAGUUUAUCCAGGGAAUCAACGAAUCUGGAAGAUUCCAAAAGGGCUGGAGGUUCAACAGGAAAAGUAAAAACUGCUAGCGGGGACCAUCAAUGAUGUUGCCGGUGCUCACGGCACGGGUCGGCCCUUUCCUGCUGCUAUUUGUCGGGUUCUCGGGAUGUGCCUCCCGGAGUCUCAGUCCCGAGUUUACUGAUUUGUCCAAGAUCUACGGUGACGUAUGCGGCCAUGCUCUCGGUAGCGAGAUAUCUGAUGAGAAUUUCAGAGCUUCCGGCUACCUGUCAGGGUACGAGCCUCGCAUGGCCCGAUUCAACGCUGGCCUAGGAGGCUGGGUAGCUGAGGUGAGCGACAUCGACCAGUGGAUACAGGUUCGUCUGCCAUGGACAAUAUACGUCACCGGGGUUCUCACGCAGGGCAGUGCCGACAACGAAUACUACGUGACUGAGUACAAGGUUAAGUACAAACCGGAGGGCGAGCACUGGUCGUGUAUUCUGGAUAUGCACAGCCAGCCAAAGAUCUUCGAUGGUAACAUUGACAACUCUACCCCAAAGAUUAAUGACUUCCGCCCAGCAGUUUUGGCUGAUUACAUCCGCAUUCUCCCUGUCAAAUGGCAAGGAGUUAUUGCUAUGAGGCUAGAGAUAUUUGGAGGAGGUUGUGAAGAGUGCUGGCAGAAGUAAAAAGCAAGGGAAAGAUCUUGCUGGCAGGAAAGAAUAUCUUUCAAAAAUAUUAUCUUAAGACUAGUAAUUUAUGCAGGUAUCUUGAGUGAGGUAUUUCUCCUUUUUGCAGUAACGAUAAAUGUACAUGAAAUAGGUACAUAAGCAGCAAGUGAAUUAAAACAUCAAUGAAGGCAAAUUCGUUCUUUCAAGCAAACUACAAAUUUCUUUCUCAUUUUCAAAGUUAUGACAUUUGCUGGCACGCUCUGCCAAUACAUUUAUACUUUGAAUCAACGUACUUCUUCCUGUAGUGAAAGGAAUUCUGAUGGAUGGGCGGCGAAGGUCAACUUAGGUUUGGGGGAUAGGAGAGGAAGACAAUUGGGUAAUCAGGUUUUUGUGUCAAUUGGGUUUUUCUUUAGGAUAAGUCAGGCAUCAUAAUUACUAUUUGCACAUAAUUUUGACAUUUCAUGCCUGAACCAAGCAGCUCAAAUGAAGAUCCAAAGUCAAAAUAGGUUUGUCUGACAGGUUAAAUGGCUGCUUCUUUUAUUUCUUGGCAAGAACUGGUCCAAAACAAUGUGGACAUUAGAUAGUCUUUUCGAAUCCCAAUCAUAGUGUCAGUAAAUGACGAUUAUUUUUGUAACUCAUUUUAGGAAAUAACUCGACAUGGGCUAUAGGGAUAUUCCAACUUUUCUCUGCGGACACCAAGUAUGUUAAAUUCUUAAAUUCUUCUGCAGGAAAUAAAGCCUGAUUGCUCAGGGAAAAUAUGACAA